AUGUCACAUGAAAUGAAUGCGUCUCAGCUGUCUGCAGGUGCCUUUCUAUUCAUUGUUUGGCUUUGUCCGCGGGAAAGACAAAGAGCCACGGUGUCUCCGAGUAAAGCAGAAGGCUCUGAGAAGACGGGGUCCCCAGUCCCCUCCACCCCACCCUGUGCCCCCCAGGCCCUUCCGCGCGUGGCCGCAUCCUUCCUUGGCGCAGCGCUGCGGUCCCGUCCCCUGACCCCAGGCCAGCUUUCAGCCUUAACGGGUUUUCUGGAAACCUUUCUUCCCUUUAAUCAUUACUGUUUUGUUUUCGUUUAUUUUUAG